GUGCAAGUCGAUGCAAGUCUUGGGGAUGUAGUUUAUACAUUUCGGGAUAAAACAUCAACUUGUUCUUGGCAGCAAUCGACAGCAAGGUGAGUUUGCAUCCUUUUAUUGGAAUAACUGCAUUGUUUGCGCUUUGGAUGGGUAACAAUUGAUAGCCACCACAAGAUUUUACUUUAGCUCACUUCCGCUUUGCGUCGUACAUUCUCGAAACGUUAUUCCCUCAAUCCUGCAUUCCAUGAUCUUUUCAGUUUCUUUAUACCCAUUGGAUGAAUUAGCAAUUGAGUUGAUACAGUUUUAACGAUCACUGUCCUCCUUAGGAAAGAACUCGGCCUCUGGAGAAGACUUGCAGACUUUGAAAGACUACGGGCUUGAGAGAGUCAGUAAGCUUAAAUUGAGUUGAUUCAAAUGUAGUUCAAGAAGUCUGGAACGGGUAAGUUGUCUUCUUUUCUUUAUUAAUUCCGAAGCUAUUCAUAUUAUCUGUUCAUAUUCUUGAUUUUCGUCUGCAUUAAAAGGCAAUCAUUUUACUGUUCAAAACAUUACAAUGGUUUUUCGCGGAAUUUGCAUGAAAUUGAUCACCAAAUAUAUGGCCGCCGUGACGUCACUUGCAAUGUUUACUAAAUCGAUCACGCGAACGAAAAUUCAGGCUAGGGUAUUGCAAUUAAAUCUCCGCCAAAAUUUAACUACUUCCUCUUAAAAUUUAUUUUAGCAUUUGUCAGUUAUUGCAGUUGCCAUCAUUAUCAAUAAACUUCUCAUCAAACUUCAAAUGUAAACAAUCAUUAAUUAUUGGAUGGGGUUGAGCAAAAUAUCGUGAUUUGCCAGUGGCGAGUCGGCUGAGGCAAAUAAUGAUCUGCGAGACAUCGAUAGCCUGAGGAAAAAUCGGAGAAGGGGCGUCUGUGAUUCACUGUUGCUAAUCUUGUAUGGAGGCCACGUGAUUGUUCCUGGAAUAUGUGCAAAAUGAUUUGAUUGGCUGUUACUCGUAGAUCACUACAUCAUGUAAAUGAGGGAGUUUGAUUGGCUUUAGGGCCUGUCGUCAAAACAUAGCAGGCAACCAGAAAAUCUUCACAUUCAAAGACAACUACAUGCAUGUAGCUUUUGAGAUCCAGGGAUUUUGCCAGAGAAAAGAAAAGAAACGGAAAUCUUUACUGAAAGGUUCUUUAGCGGUACUAAAAAGCUUUAGGCUUCAAAGAGGUAAAAGAAAAAUCGGUUCUAAUAUAAACGGCAUCCGAGAUCUGACAAAUCCUGUCACAAACACCUUCAGUAACACAAAACCACAGGAAAUAAUAACUCAAUAUGCAUGAGUUAUACCAGCUUCAUGACCUCUAACUGCAAGAAUCAAAGGCACAAAUAGGAUUAGUUCAGUCAACACUUAUGGUACUCCAUACACUACGAUGCAUAAUCUAUGUGCUGGAAAGAAAUUAGUUCUAAGGAAAAUCUCUGUUACUCAAGCUAACACUUAGGUCGUGUUUCACACUAUCAUGAGCUUAUGAGUCGCAUCUUACCUGUCAGCACUUUAUUUCAAACUAAUGACUUUCCAUAUCCAGUGGGAAGGCUUGCAUAAGAUCAGGAAUCUUUUCCUUCAAUAAUAUGGGCUUGCAAGAACAUUUUUCUUGCUCAGUAUAGAGUAAACCAAUUUUAAAAAUCUCUCUCUCUCUCUCUCAGUUGCUCAAUGAAAAUAAGUUGGUGACAUGCAGCAACAUUUUGAGAACUGGAAUGACAUGAAACAUGAGCCACAGAAUUUUUGGUCAGCGGAAACUAUUUUUUAUUUUAAUUUAAAAUUAUUCCCAUACGCGAUUAGCGACGGUGAAUCACAGAUGCCUCUUCUUUGAUUUUUCCUGAGGGGAGGGGGGUCUGUUCACAGGCUAGACAAUGACAAAUCACGAUAUUUUGUGAUAACUGAGUUCAAUAAUAAUUGAUUUAUCAUUAAAUGAUCAACGUGUAUAUCCUCUGAAAGCAAAGCGAUCUGCCAUUUUUGCACAAGGAGAAAAGCGUGGGUUCUUUUACGCAUGAGCAGAAUAUUAUUGCAGCCAAAUGCCAAAGCCAAACACAGUUGGACGACAUUGUGCAUGAGCAGACCAUUAUUUGUAGGCAGUUAUUUGCAGGUCAUGUGGAGGGCUUUCGGCCAAUGAAAAGAAAGAAAAAUUUGCUUCAAAUGAUAAAUUAAUGAUAAUGGCUUAAGUAGUCAUUUCCAAAUGGCCCAUCCCCCCCCGGGACUUGUCAGGAAUUUGUCAUGUUGUAGGUCCUGGCAGUGGGGAAUUUGUCAGAAAACCUCUGCUUGGGGGUGGGUCAUUGGUUAAUUCUUCUGGAAGUGAUUGAUAUUGCUCCUUUUUAAUAUUAGCACUUAAAAUAUGCCUGUUUAGAUAGCUAUGUAUAGAUACAUAAAGAAUAUUUUUAAUACCAUUAUAUGCUUUAAAAGAUACGUGUGGUUUUCCUCCAUCCCUCACCACCCUACCUUACAGUAUUUUUUGCCUCUGUGUAAGAAAUUGGUCCCCAAUUCCUGCCAUCAAGAUCAGUUUGCUCAAAUUAUAAGGAUAAACAAUCAAUACAUCAUUUGAAAAAUUUAAAGGAAAAAACAUUUUUAAAAAAACUCUGCGAGAUAAUAGAAAGCUAAUAUAUGCUUUGACAGAACGGUUCCAUCAUGAUGAGAAAAUGUUAAGCUAGUCAGUUGUUUGUUUAUCAUUCACUUUUUUAAAUACCUUUGGAAAUAUAAAAGGUGUUAUUAAAAUCUAGUUAAUAUAGAUCUGUCAUUUAUGUUAAUUAAAAUGAUGUGAUCUGGCCAUGCUUGGAACUGACUGAGCCAUAGAAAAUAGUAGCUGAUACAUGCAUUACAUGUUCAGUGUAUUUCAAUGCAGCUAGAACUUAUAGGCAGUUGGCCCAUACAGUGAUGCCUUAAUAAUUGGCAUUUUUCUUUGUGGAUGAGAUAUAUAAUGCUUUCAAUUCUUCUCUAUUUUUUGACAGUAUUAUUGAAUAUUCCUAAGGUAGGUUGAAAACCAAAUGAAAAUUGGGCCUAAUAAAUAAUCAUCCAAUCAAUGUUGAUAAUGUGAUGCUUCAGUUGUACAUAAUGAGGCCCUCUUAGGGGUGGGGUGGAGGAGGGGGUAUGUAUGUCCCUGGCCUGAAUUUCAAACAGGGUCAUUUCAUGUUUUGAGGAGUAGGCCAUGUCACUGUUGUUACACCGUAUUUAAGUAAUCUUAAAUUAUGUCGUUUGUUGCCAUUUCAUCAAUGAAGUCUUAUGUCACUGGUUCAAGGCCAUGUCGCUUGUCAGAGUUAUUUGCCCUAACAAGGCCUCAUACAUGUGUUAUAGAGAACUAAGGAUUAUACUUGCAUUUCCGGUACUUAUUUUGUAGUGACCUAGUUCUUUUAAUCACCAAUGAGCACAAUUUUUUGCAUCAUAUAUUAGAAACAACACAAUUAUUGUUAUUAUGUUAUAAGAUUGCUAAUACACUUAGGUGGUGGUAGUAAUGUAAUGUCAGCAAUGUUGUAGUAGCAGUUGCAGCUGUUAUACUGACAGGGGGCUGUAAAACCUACAUGUAGGCUCAAUUAAUAAAUGAGGGAGGGUGAGAGGGUAAUAUUAUUGUUGGUAACCAGGAGGGAGGGAGGAGUGGCAGUGGCAUUGUAGUUUAAGGGAGGGUGGGUGAUACUGUUACUCUGGCAGUGGUAAAUGAGGGAGGGGGGGAGAAGGGUAGUGGGAGUGAAAGUUGUAGUUUGGGGGGGAGGAGGGGGAGCUGUAGGGCAUCCAUGGGAGAGGGGAGAAGUAGUGAAAGCAGGGAGAUGGGAGGGGGCAGAUAGGACUUCAGAGCAAGUAAAUAAACUUAAUAUUUUACCCAGGUUUCUGUUUAUGGUGUAAUACAUGCAAUUUUUAUUUUCUUUCGUGUGGUAUCUUGGCAUCGUAGGAUGAUGUUCUUUUUUUUUGUACCAUUUUUUUUUCUUUUGUAAGGAUAUAAUUUAAUGAAAUAUAAUAGGUUCUGUAAUUUGCAAUGAGUCAUGCCUGUGAGUAAACUUAUCUUUAGGGAAAUUACAAGUGCUAUUAUAUCCCUACCAAAAUUUGACUUAUGCCUCCUAACUUCUGGUUAACAUUUGUCAUUUUUUUUCAGUUUCUAUGAUUGGUGCUUGUAGAACUGUCCUCCAAGUUUUAAACUCGAGAGAGUAACUACUUCUCAGGUAUCUGUCAAUGACCCCUUUACACUAAUUUUAGAAGUUUUUUUUUUUUUACUACUAAGAUAUUUAGUUUUCUCCCUAACUGAGCUUACAUUAGCCUACCGGGAGUGGAAUUUGUCAUUUAGUCAUUUUGUUGCAAACUCAUGAAGGAUGAAGAUGAAAGACCAAAUAUAUUGAUAUCACAUAUAAAUUUGCAUGAUGAUGAAAGUGUGCACUGUAAUAGGCCUUAUAAUUCAAAACUACCAUAAUUCAUAGUCAUAAUGAAUAAUCUUGGGACUUACAAUCUUCCUUAUACAAAAUGCAUGCUUACGUAAAGUUUUUGAGCGAAAACAAGGGGUAUUGUUUGUUUGUUUCUUUAUUUACUUUUGGAAAAAGGCCUAUUAUGCAAAAGCCGUUCAAUUUAAAAUGUUUAUGAUAUGAGACCUUCGGAAUAUCUUAAUAACCUUGGUGAGGUACACAACUAGUCAGUUCUUUCAAAUUACCUUAAAAAAUGGGAAAAAGAUAACUGCAAUUUUCUACACAGAUUUAAAAGGUGGUGGAUAUUUCCUUUUCUGGCUUCUAUGGCAACUGCGACACCGUCACCCCUGGCCAGCUCUGUUGAGAAGACAAAUGGAUACAAGCUAAGCAGGCUUCUCAUCGAUGGGGGAACAACAGUGCUGAGGAAUAUUUUCGAUUCCCAUCACCCUCCUGCCAACUUGGCUGCCAAUCUUAGUUCCAGACAUAUUCAUCCCAUUCUUACUAGACUUCGACAUAGAAACAUUCUGAAUGGUGUUCAAUGGGACAAACUGUUUCCACCACCAGGUGGAGGGCCACCAAACUCUAUUAACUUUGAUAUCACUCUUCUGUUCCUCUUGCUGAGGAACAUUUGCAGCCUACAUCCUCCCCUUUCAGGCUGGGACAGAAUGCCUCCCGCGAGUGACACCUCAUUUGAGGCUAACCUUGCUCGCAUUAAGUAUUAUCGAAAUGUGCUCUAUGGUCACGUGACAACAACUGGCAUUCAAACACCAGUGUUCGAUGUGAAAUGGCAGGAAGUUAGUUCUGUUCUUGUUUCGCUUGGGUUAAGUCAGUCUGAAGUGGACAGAUUAAAGCGAGAGCCUUGUGGAGAGGACUAUAUCAGCGCUGUUACUGAAUGGAUGAAAAAUGACGAGGAGAUCCAAUUCCAGCUGAAAGAUCUACGUACAAAACAACAGCAAGUGCUCCAAACCCAACAGGAACAUCACAGAACUCUUCAAGAAGGCCACAGAACUCUUCAAGAUACACAACAAACGGUUGGCAGAGUGGAACAGACGCUUCAAGAUACACACCAGGCAGUUGGCAAUUUGCAACAAAUGUUACAGGAAGUUCGGACAACCCAACAAGAAUCGCAGCAGCAGAUAAAGCGUGAGGCUGCAAACACUCAAGAAAGAGGAGAUAAAGCUGAAGAGGAUGAAGCUCUGAGAAAAUUAGCACAAGUUAACACCGAGAGAGUCAUCCAGUAUCACUCUGGGAAAUACCAGGAGGGAACGCGCUUGCACAUCUUUGAGAAGAUUAAGUUGUGGCUAGACGACCUUUCAUCUGAAAAUCGUGUUAUGGUAAUCAGUGGAGAUGCGGGAAUGGGCAAAUCAGUGAUUUCCGCUGUCGUUUGUCAAAGAAUGCAACACGCUGGUCGGCUCUCAGGAAGUCACUUUUGUCAGCACAACAAGGAACGUUACAGGAACCCCAAGGUGAUGCUUCAGUCGUUAGCUUGUCAGCUGUGUGAUGUUUUACCAGAAUACAAAAGUGAACUUGUGAAGAAACUUUCUAGAAACUUGGGUGUGGACAUGAACAGUCUAGAAGUUCAGGAGUUGUUCGAAUUUCUUUUCGAGGAGCCUUUAUGCAGCGUAGGAGACCCUGGAAGAAAUUUGCUGUUAGUUAUUGAUGGCCUGGAUGAAAGUGAAUACAAAGGACGCAAUGAUCUGCUUGAUGUCGUAGCUAAUUACUUUUGUAAACUUCCUGUUUGGUUCCGGUUUCUUGUUACCACUCGACCUGAAGUAAAUAUUGCAGAUCGUCUUGAAAAGUUUAAUCCUAUUCAGCUAGAGCAAGAUAACGAAGAAAACGUGAAAGACAUCAGACUCUUCCUUGAAAAACAGUUGAGCAGCGUUAUUCAAUCGGGCUCUGAAGAUGUUGUUAUCGAUGCACUGGUCCGAAAGGCUGUAGGGCAUUUUUUAUAUGCUUAUUUGAUGGCCAAUUUUAUCAAGAAAAACGUUUCACUUCUUACCCUCGAGGAGUUAGGAAGAACCUUGCCUUCAGGUGUAUCGUCUGUUUAUCAAUCCUACUUUGAACGUCUAGAGAAAGAGUUGACAAUCAGUGAGGACCAGUUUUUAACUUUUCUAAGUGCACUGGCGGCUGCCAGAGAACCACUUCCUCUAGACUUUGUUUCCAAGAUGUUGCUUUCCGACGCAAAGUCAUCCGCUGGCCACCGGAAAGUAAGAAUGACUAUAGAAUGUAUCUCAACCCUUCUACCUGUUCAAGAUGGUGGCAUUCACUUCUUUCACAAAUCAGUUAAGGACUGGUUGACUGACAGAACUGCUUACGGACGACACGACUUCUCUGUGGACCAAAACCAGGGCCACUCUAUUCUUUCUCAGCUUUGUACUGAUGAACUUAAUGACCUUAAAAUUAAAGAUCUUCACCGCACAGAAUUCAGUGACACUGCGAAGUACGCCCUUCAGCAUGGUGUCCGUCACAUGCUUGAGUCGGAAGAGAGCGCAAGAGCAUCCAGCAAGUUUGAAGAAAUCGUCAAGAAUUAUGUUACCGACUUAGACAUUGUGUAUGCAAAGCUUUGUGUAAACAACACGGCUAGUUCUGAAGACAUUAUCCUUACUCAGAAACAAGAUGCUUUUCAGUUAUUGAGCAGUGAGAGGCAAAAAGCCCUUGGCACGUUGUUGUCUCUCUUAAGAAAGUACCAUGAAAGACUAACGACGCAUCCUAGUGCAAUUUUGCAAGUGAUGGCUAACGAGGGAGGAGACGUUUGUGCCGGUGAAGCGACAAAGCUUUUACAGAAAUAUGAAAUACCGUACAUGGAGUACAUUCAAGAUAUGGCUGAGGAGAAGCAAUGGGAGGUCCAAGCUUCGUUUUGCUGUACCUCUCCAGUGAUUUGUUUUGAUAUUUCACCCCAAAAGGAGUUCAUGGUGUGUGAAUGUAAGGAUGGAAGGAUUCACUUGUGGUCACUCCAAACAGGAAAUCUGGUGUGGAUACGUCCUGUCAAGGUUGAAAAAUGUUACGAUGAUGAUCCCUCAGCGUUUAGAACGUUGCCGAACUCACUUGCGUUGUCAUGUUAUCGCUCUGUCGUUUUUCAUCCUUCUGAGGCCAUUGUUCUUCCUGGAAUCCUUAGUCAUGCUUACACGUUUGAAGGAGACCGCCUACCUCUGUUUCCUGGGAGCAACUGCAGGUUCUUGAUUUGUUCAAUUAACGACGAUGAGAACAAAAUGAUCACCGAUUUCCCUGACGAUCCUAAAUGCCUUGUCAUGUGGAAUCUUGAAAAUGGCGAAAAGAUCAUUCAAAUUAGCAGAAAUGAAGUUAUUUUAUCUUUUGCUUGGUCUCCAGAUGGAAAACUGCUUGCGAUUUCCCAUCUUUCGGGAUUGAUUUGUUUGGUUGAUGCAAAGAAUUGCUUUAAAGUUCUUGCAGAAGUAGCCAAUUCUCAUGCGUGUGGAAUUAUUAAGUUUGCUCCCAGCCUUCAAUUCCUUUAUUGUUUGUCUGUGAAAGAAAAGAAAAGGCUUCUUUAUCCUAACCUGAAAGAUUUUCGCUUAAUGGUAAGCAAGUCGCCUUGUGGCAUCUUUUCCCUGGCUGUUUCUGACGGCAACUUUGACUAUGUACCGCUGAUUGAUGAAUCAUUUAGUAAAGGUGGUUUCUUGAUGGGAGAUCCUAUCGCAAGUUGGCUUUGUGAUCGCGAUUGCCAGCUAUCGUUUGUCUUAGACAAUCAAAGAAUUGUAAAAGCCUCAUUUUUUGGAGACGAAGCUAUUGUAAUAAGCGUUCCUACAGCAUUUAGAAAUACGGCAUCCUAUAGAAGAUUCGCUCAUGUUGCGUUUGCUUUAGAUGGGAAGACCAUUUAUGGUGUCAGUGAGGGGAAUGAAGCAGCAUUGGUAUCUUUGGAUGUGUUCAGUGGAGAACUCAAAGCAGAGACAAAGGUUCGUUCUUUAGCCGCAAACCUGUAUACGUAUGACAUUUGCCUUGUACCUGUGAUCAAUGGUGUCCUUUUGAAAGCAUCUGGGGUGGAUGUUCAGCUAUGGAAUUUUGAGUUGUCACAAGUCCGAAGUUGGUCCAGUUUAUGUGAGGUUACCAGUAUAAUGCCAGUAACAGACCAAUGUGUAGCAUGUGUCACACAUGUGGACGGAAAGUUUGAAGUAAGCAUCCUGGACACAUCAAGUGGAGACAUAGUGAAGACCAUUUCACUUCGUCUUCCGGGAUACACGGUAACAUUUCCAUUGCAUGGAGUAGCCAUAGUGUGUAACAGUAAAUACCAGCUGUUAUUUACCGAUGGUGAUUCAGUUCAGCUUUCAAGCGGCAACAGUUUACUGUGGAAGAGAGAUUUU